AUGGAUCUCUUCCACGACGAUUCGUGGGCUACCCCAUGGCGAUCAUCCGAAUUUCCCCCCGAGGAACUUCCACGUGAAAGAAAAAGGCGAUUCGCGACAAAACCGGGAUGGAGAUCUGGCUGGAAUGGCCAUGCUCCCCGGUUUUUCCAGUACCAUACUGGGAUGGCUGGGGGCUGGCCGUGGGGAUAUUUUAUCUACCGCACGAGCUUUGGAAGUAUAUCUGACCCGGACUGGGCCGCUGUGAUCGCGAAGAUUGAUCGGUACUGCUACGCCAGUAUGCCGACUGCUGAAAAUUGCGGCCUUUUAUCACAGUUCUCAUUUCAGCCUAAUAUCCAUGAACUCGUUCGUGAGGGCUAUCGAAAUGUGAUUGUUGAGGAUCCCAACCUAGAAAAUGCAUCGACAGAUACCAUUCGAAAGCGACAUGUCGAAUGGGCCGAAGGGCGAGGCUACUGUCAUAAUCUGGGUAGACCUCGAUUCGACUACUGCCUCGUUUUAGAUGACCGCUCUAUCCGGUCAAUUUUGGUGAGCUCAGAGCCAGAUGAUAAGUCUCAUUCUGGCUUAGUCGGAUAUGUCAAUGUGAUUGACUGUGACUUUGACCCUAAUGACCCAGAAAAUGAUUGCUCAGAGCUCUACGAUGGAUCGUUCAGAAUUUGCCUUACAGAUCUAUUCUGCUUUGCUAGCUAUUGUGAGGAUCUCCAGACUAGGGAACAACAAUGGGGAGAUUGGGGGAUGGAGCAUCCUGGGAACGUGAUUUAUACAGAUGGACGUUGUUCAAUUGUCGAGAAGGAAGAUGUGUUCCUUUGUCCGCCCAAGUAUAGUGUUUCCUCCCGCGCCUACUACCCUGAAUUUUCAAGUGGAGUAACCAUUACGGAGGCUCAGUACUAUGAGCGUCAGAGAUCUAAUGUUGAGAACAGCCAAUCCAAGUAA